AUGUUUUGGAUCAUUAAACCAAAGCUACAGCUCAAGUCCAAUCUCAUGCUACAAUAUUUGGACGAAUUUGAAUCAGUUGUAUUUUCUUUUAUAUCUGCAUUAAUAAUAGGAUUUCAGAAGAAUGUAUAUCAAGUUUCAGGUACAAUACAUUUUGAUGAAUUGGAGACAAUGCUCAAACAAACAGAUUAUGCUUCAAAAUCAGAAGUUGUUUAUUCAUUUCUAACGAGUUAUUAUCUUCCAUGCUUUUUCCCUUCAUUAUUACUCAUUCUAAUGUAUUUCAAAUAUCGAGGUACCGGAUUUAUUAUAUAUAAAACAAAAAUUUACUUUAGAUUUAGUGCAAAAGCUAUUAUUUUUGCCCACAUAUUUGCAAUUUUCUUCGGAUUUGUGAAGUUGAUCAAACCAGACGAAGAAAGUUCAAUUGAAUUUUUCGAUAAAUUUUAUGUUAAUCCAACAGACGAAUUAUUGACAUUCCCUAGUAAGAAAAAGAAUAUCAUAUUCAUAAGCGUUGAAUCAUUAGAGACAUCAUUCUUCUCCAAGUCAAUUGGAGGAUUAUUUAAUAAUUCAUAUGAACCAAACAUAGAGAAAUUAUAUUCUGAUCCAAAAACAGUCUACUUCUCCAGUGAAAAAGGUAAGAUAGGAGGCGCUGAGCAGCUCAAACGAGCAAGAUUUACCGUAAGCGCUAAUUUUGCCUUAACUUGCAGUCUUCCAUUCAAAUGGAUGUCCAAAUCAAGUCAAAUAACAGUAGAAAAUAGUCCGCAAUAUUACUAUCCAAAAGUUAGCUGCAUUGGAGAUAUUUUGCAGCGAAAUGGAUAUUCAACAAAUUCAAUUUUCGGUACACAUUACAAUGAUUGGAAUUUUGGAUCAAUAUUUGAUUACCAUGGCAUAGAAAGAGUCAUAACCAAUCAACAUAUUAUUAAUAAGACACUUGUUUUUAUUCCAGAUUUCUAUUUAUUCGAAUACAUAAGAAACAGAGUCAUGGAUAUUAUAAAGCAAGAAGAACCAUUCUAUUUACACAUUGUAACAAGAGAUACACACGAACCUGGCUAUAUUUGCAAUGCAUGCCCUGAAGCACCUACAAAGUUAGAAAGAAUUUAUCGAUGCUUGGACAGUAAUAUUGAAGACUUUCUUAGAUGGAGCAAGAAGCAAAGCUGGUAUCCAAAUACGGUUUUUGUACUUCAUGGCGAUCAUUUGCUCAGGAACAACGAUCUAUCAGCAUUAGCAAUACAAAAUAAUUACACGAGAACAAUUUUCAACAUGUUUCUUCAUACUUCAACAAAAGUUCAGCACAAAAAGCCAAGAAAAUUCACACAUUUGGAUAUUCUACCAACUGUUCUUGCUGCUGCUGGUGUUGAAAUUAAAGGAAAUAGACUUGGAUUAGGAUCAAAUUUGUUUUCUGAUACUAAAACAAUUCUUGAACAGCGUAAUAAAGAAGAAAUAGAAAAGGAUCUAGAAGGUGUCUAUGCUUGGUAUAAGAACAAAUUUGAAGAUAUGAAUUGCAAUUUGAACGAACCAUGCUUGAAAAUAGGUUUAAAUUUCUCUGAAAACGCCUUUCCAUUUGAAAAUAAUUGA